AUGCAAAUGUGAGGAAUGACCUUAAUCUAGUUUUGACCUUUAUUUUCACUGUAUGGAUAAUACGUAUCGGCAGUAAUUUCGUGUACUUUCAUCUCAACCUUACAGUUUGACAUUGACAAUAUUUCCACUAUUUCGUUAGACUAGAUAUCGUACGUGGAAGGAUACCAAAAAAAUUCUCUUUCAAUAAAUAUCCUAGCUUUGUUAUCAAUAUUUGAAUUGAGCUACCAACAGGCAUCGGAAUUAAGUGAGGUUGGAAAGUCAAUUAAUGUUUUCUUCUGUAAUGAUUGGAUCGUUCACCCUGAAAGCGCUCUAAACUCGGGAGGUCCCCAACUUCACACCUUGGCACUUAACGUUUCCGUUCAUUGCUUCCUUUUCAAUGUUGAAAUGCCUAACUUGAGUUCCUUGUGAAGAACCAAGUGAAUGAACUAUAUCUGCAGAGGAAUAUUAUUCCCAAUAUUUUAUGGGUUUAAUGACAUGAAGGGUUACUUCCUGUCCAUGCAUGCUGUUUGUCAUGUCAGUACAUGUUUCUCAUUCCUUGCGAAUGAAGAAAAUAUUUUUAAUUAGGAGAAGACAAGGGAAAUUAGAAACUCAUGAAUUUUUUCAGAGGUCGGCGGUUCAGAAGACAAAAGAAAGUUUUAAGCCGACUCAGUCUUCAAGCAGUUAACGCUAUCAUCAAGUACUCAGCUUAUUAUAUUAGCUGCACUCGGAGAAUGAUUACAACAUAUAUUAAUCGGUGGCAGUUUUAAAACUAUAUUGUUUAAAACAAUAUCUUAGUGUUUAAAGUAAGAAGUGCAAUGACGACUUGUUGACUUUCACAGCUUUAGUGUUAUUAGUCUAUCUAGUUUAGCAUUUCGAUCCAUCAGUUGACUUUCACUAACUGAGCAUAACGUAGCUGAUCGAGGGUCUUUCUAACAGUGCCAUGAAUUACUCUCUGGAGAACACGAGUAAUGAAACAUUUAACCUUUCAUCAAAACAUUGUUCUCUUCCGUUAGCUCAUGGCGUUGCUCUGAUCACAGUAAAUUCUAUCGUGGGUGUGUUUGGAACACUUGGCAACUUACUGGUUUGCGUCGCAGUUAUUACAAAUCCUUAUCUUCGCCGAUCAUCAAACUACCUUCUGCUCAGCUUGGCGAUCGCUGAUUUGAUCGUCACCAUGGUGUGUGAACCUCUUGUCGUAGCAAUCUUCGGAAUGAGAACAUUCGUUAACGAUUGUGCCACAGACUUGGAACUUGCAUACAGAAUCUUAUCCAUGCUUUCGUGUUCUGCUUCAGUGGCACACAUGGCAGCUAUCAGUGUUGAUCGUUUCAUUGCUGUUGUGUACCCUCUACGCCACAGGAGGAUCAUGGAUAACUGUGGAUUAAAGGCAAUGCUGAUUACCUGUUGGGCGUACCCGAUUACGGUUCCUAUUUUGAGCUUUGUUAUUCCAAAGAACUUUCCACAAGGUUAUCUCGGGUUAGCGAUGUUUGCUGCCAGCUAUGUUACUAUUUUCUUGUGCUACUCAGUGAUAGUGAUAUCUCUGGUCAAACACCGGAAACAAGGAAACCAGUUCAGAAUUCGCUCCUCUAGGGAUACCAGUCAAUCUCGGCGUGUUGAAAUCCGCGUUGCCUUCACGCUAGCGAUUGUGAUCAUUGUUUUUACUGUCUGUUGGUUUCCUUUAAUUGCCAUCAUGUUUGCAACCAGGAAGCCGCUGGUCAAGAGGCACGGAGUUGCCUACAUGUGGAUGAGGACCUUGGCUUUGUCAAACUCCGCCAUAAACUUUCUGGUCUAUGGCUCAAGGAUGCAAAUCUUCCGUGAAGCUUUUUUUGUGAUUGGCAAUAAGAUUGUUGUUUCUAUGACCCCAAAAUGUUCGCGAACUCGCAUCUAUAACUUUACGUAAAUAGUGGAUAAUAGUACAAGAUAACAGCUUGACGAAAGAGUUUGCCCAGUAUGCAAGUAUGCAUGAAACAAAGGCGAGCGUUUUGUCCAGAUUGCCAAACAAAGAGGAAUUAAGUUAAAAAGAAAAAAAAAAACGGGCAUGGGGCCGAAACCCCAAUUGCUGAACUUUUUGCAGACUCAGUAGGGGAAUUAACAGGAAACAGCCGAUUUUUGAUGAGUUAACGCCAAUUAUUUUCGCUUUAUCUAGGGAGUGAACAAGUUGUUGUUGUUGUUGUUGCAGUAACUAUUACAUGUAUUUUAAAAACUCCUUGUUUCCAUAAACAGAUGAUCUUGUAGCGUGUUGCAAACAAACCAACUCGAUCACGCUUUGGUGCGACAAUCAAGACCACGAUGCAACACUGCAAUCUUUAUUGUUGGACUAAUAAACCUGAAACAUCUCUUAUUAUUGUACUUUUCGUUACCCUUAAUUAACACUUAAUUGACACCGAACUCAAUCAGAAUGGAUGUCAACAUCCCACCACCAGGAUUUAUGUAAGCACUAUUCUGCUACUCACGAUCUGAUGGAUUAUGAACUUAAUGAGUUGGAGGAAAUCUUUUUAAAGCUUCUCUGGCUUGUGCUGCCAGAUUUUGCCUAGCACUAUCUCGACGGUACUGCUUGUUCUCUCGGGUCAGCGUAAUAUCUGUCUUAUUUGAUUACAGUUUGCCUGAUUUUCAGGUAUAAACAUUUUAGCAAGUUAAUCGAUUGUUGUCAAACAAAAACCUUUAUCACAAUUUUCAACUAACUAAUAAAUUCCCCGAUGAUUUAAAAGUGAGGCUAGUAUCCUUAACAUCAAAUGAGCUUUGUGGUCAUGCAUGAGAGCCGAUAUCUUAUUGGAUAUAGAGGGUCUCCUUGAUAUACUGAUUUACUAAUUUUACCCCACGCGAACUAUGACUAAAAAUCGAAAUGUUGAUAACUUUAUAAGAAUCCACUCAGGCUCUUUCAGUUUGUUGGAACUUACAAUUUUAUAAAGUAUAAGUGGAAAGGUGAAGAUAGGAUAAGAAAUACUUGACUUCUCUGAUGGUUAAAUAAA